AAGCAACCGUUGGGCAACGUUUCCACCUUCCCGGUUUAUUAUCCUUAACGGGAGUACCACAGUAAGCAGAUCUUCAUCUGUUCGUUGAACUAUUAGAAAGCCUUUAUUUCGACAAAAUGAGGGAAAUUGUCCAUCUUCAGGCUGGCCAAUGCGGAAACCAGAUUGGAGCGAAGUUUUGGGAGGUUAUAAGCGACGAACACGGCAUUGACCCUACCGGGGCAUAUCACGGAGACAGCGACCUGCAGCUAGACCGCAUCAACGUUUAUUACAACGAGGCGUCAGGUGGAAAGUAUGUCCCUCGUGCUGUGUUGGUGGACUUGGAGCCGGGAACUAUGGAUUCUGUGAGGUCAGGUCCUUUUGGGCAGAUCUUUAGACCUGACAACUUUGUUUUUGGCCAGAGUGGUGCUGGUAAUAACUGGGCUAAAGGCCAUUACACCGAAGGAGCUGAGCUGGUGGAUUCUGUCUUGGAUGUGGUGAGAAAAGAGGCAGAGAGCUGUGACUGUCUGCAGGGCUUCCAACUCACCCACUCUCUGGGAGGAGGCACUGGCUCUGGCAUGGGCACACUCCUCAUCAGCAAGAUCCGAGAGGAGUACCCAGACCGCAUUAUGAACACUUUCAGUGUUGUGCCAUCGCCUAAGGUGUCGGACACUGUGGUGGAGCCAUAUAAUGCCACCCUCUCUGUCCACCAGCUGGUUGAGAACACUGAUGAGACCUACUGUAUUGACAAUGAGGCCCUGUAUGACAUCUGCUUCCGUACAUUAAAACUUACCACCCCCACCUAUGGUGAUCUGAACCACCUGGUCUCAGCCACCAUGAGUGGUGUAACCACCUGUCUGCGCUUCCCUGGCCAGCUAAACGCCGAUCUGAGGAAACUCGCUGUCAACAUGGUGCCAUUCCCCAGAUUGCACUUCUUCAUGCCAGGGUUUGCUCCUCUGACGAGCAGAGGCAGCCAGCAAUACAGGGCCCUGACAGUUCCUGAACUCACCAUGCAGAUGUUCGAUGCCAAAAACAUGAUGGCGGCUUGUGAUCCACGCCAUGGCCGUUACCUCACAGUCGCUGCCAUCUUCCGAGGCCGCAUGUCCAUGAAGGAAGUGGAUGAGCAGAUGCUUAAUGUGCAGAACAAGAACAGCAGCUAUUUUGUAGAGUGGAUUCCAAACAACGUAAAGACUGCCGUCUGUGACAUCCCGCCACGUGGCCUUAAGAUGUCCUCCACUUUCAUUGGAAACAGCACAGCCAUUCAGGAGCUGUUCAAGCGCAUCUCAGAGCAGUUCACCGCCAUGUUCCGUCGCAAGGCUUUCCUUCACUGGUACACUGGUGAGGGCAUGGACGAGAUGGAGUUCACUGAGGCUGAGAGCAACAUGAAUGACUUGGUGUCAGAAUAUCAGCAAUACCAGGAGGCCACUGCAGAGGAGGAGGGAGAGUUUGAAGAAGAGGCUGAAGAAGACCUGGCCUGAGCAGCCACUGUUCCUUUUCCUCCUGUGCAACAGUUAAAAUUGGGCAACAUUGUCUAGGUGUAGCCUGUAGUUUUAUUUUUCAACUUUUCUAGUUUUGUCCAAGUUUCAAAAAUGACACCAAGGUGUGACGACACCAAUUUUACUUGUUGAGAAUUUAAGGAUUUUCACUGACGUCGCUGAAAACAUACUAAAUAUUAAAUUUGAAAUUCGUCUGGAGCAUAAAUAUUUUAAAUCAUGUAAAACUGACACUUGGAUCAUAUUAAAUGUUUUGUUUUGAGUUUUA